AUGGUUCAGACGAGCGCGCGCUCAUUCAUGCCCAUGCCCUCAUUCGGCGCCGUAUUUGGAGGAGAUCACCACAGCAAGGGCCAAAAUGGCGGGAAUGUAGCACGCCCUGCCACGAGCCCCAAUACCAACUCGGGCACACCCUUCUCCUCCUUCCACAUCCACAGCGAAAGCCGCGACAGUACAUCGACGGGCUCUUCCGAUAACUCCCCGACCACAACCAUAUCAACCAUGGACUCGUCCUCGGUAACAGACCCCUCUCCAGGCGUGUCUCCCGAAUCGCCCCUCGCAAAGACAAUCACGCCCUCGUCUUUCGUUGCCGACUUCAGGUCGAGACGAUCAGACGCACCUCUUGGGGAACCGUCAGCCGGCCCAUUCUUCGAAUUGCAGCGUCCCACGACCCCCGCAAAGAAGCCUCGGAAUCUCAAGAACCUUGGUAUCAACACUGCGUCUUCGCUCAGCAACUUGCGCGCGCACACCCCAGCUCCCAUCGCAGUUGCUCCCAAAGAGAAGAACAGCUCGGCACCGCCAUCUCCGUUGUUUAUCAAACCACCGACACCCCCGAAGCGUCGACCGUCCAACUUGAGCUUAACAAUCUCAACGCCUGGCAGCAACGAGAGUAAGCCCGUACGAUUGCUCAUACCUUCAACACCGUCCUUCAAUCGUCCACCGCUUCGCCACUUCCAGUCAUCUCCUUCGCUACCAUUAUGUUCACCGAGUACGAAUCCAAUGGGUGGUAUGCAAUUACCUCCUUUGCGACCUGUUGCACCUAAGCAAAGUGGCCUCAGCGAAGUCCCCUUUGAAAUGGAAGAGGAGGAGGACCAGGAACCCAACUUCGAUGUUCCCCAGUCGCGAGAGGAGAAGCCGGCUGCCUAUCCCAACGGCCCCAUCUGUAUCUAUGAGUCUGGCGUGUUCCUCUACUUUGAGCCAACUGCUAUCCAGGCCACGACCUUCGAUGUCAUUAUCAACGUCGCGAGCGAAGUGAAGAACCCAUUCACCACGCCAACGGUGGAGUCACAAAAAGACAUUGACGCCAGGCGCAUAGACGGCCCGCCAGCGGAGAACGUUGAUUUUGCUACCCUAGGACAGCGACCUAAGCAAUCAUUCGGUAUGGAUGAUGGCUCGCCAACCACACCCAAAGCCACGCCGGUCAUGCAAACCAUACAGCCGCGCGAGGUUGUGAUUGAGGGCAAGACAUACAAGACACCAGAGUACAUCCACAUGCCCUGGGAGCACAACACAGACAUCGUUCCCGACCUUCACAAGCUGGUCAGGAUGAUAGACGAGAGGGUUCAGCGUGGGAAGCGCGUACUCAUUCAUUGCCAGUGUGGUGUCAGUCGUUCUGCCAGUUUGAUCGUUGCCUACGGUCUGUACAAGGACCCGCAGAUGAGUGUGCAAGAAGCCUACGACAAGGCGAAGAAGCGAAGCAAGUGGAUCGGUCCGAACAUGAACCUCAUCAUGCAAUUGCAAGAGUUCCGCAACAGCCUGUUAAGACAAAACGAAAGUCGUUCAUACCACAAUCAAGGGUAUGGACGCCGAUCUGCUGGUCUUCCUUCCACCCGCUCCACAGGAAACAACAAGUACUCUUCGUACGAUAGGGACUCUGGUUCGGGAUCGCGCACUCCACGAACAGCGCCACUGCCACCCGACAGCGACAUCAGCAUGCAGCGGGCAAGCACAGGCAACAUGAUGGCUAUAUCUCCAGGUCCCUUAUCGGCACCCACUGGAGCCUUCUCAGCCAGUUUCCGUCGGUCCUGGGACUCAAGCCCAGCGCACUUUGAUGUCCCAUCUGAGCCUUCUCCGACGACGACGACACCCUAUGUCGAUCCCACGGGUCACGUUGUGCCUGUAGUCUCCGUUACUAACGAUAAUGUGCCGACUAUUCAGACUCAAGAUGUCUCCGACAACGAAGAGUAUUCUGAGCCUACUCUUAAACAUGCCUCUGUCCCCAACUUCUCACGUCAACUUCCAUUACGAUUAGGCCUCAGCAACGAUGAGGGCGGAUCACACGGAACAGGAGAGAGACAUCUGGCGCCUAUGCAACCAUCAGGAUUUGAGCCACUUCGAUCUCCAGCUGUGGCAAGUUUCAACAUACCUUCCUUUAGCUCCUACGACGCAUCCGAUGAGGUCAUGUCGCCAAUCAAGACCUCUUUCGACAACCCAUGGCCGGCAGGCUAUGACCUGGACAGCGAACCUUCCGCGCCUGAGAUUACCUCGCCAGUCGCUACACAAUUUCCCAAGGACAUUUUUGGUCGCACAGACGCAAGCCUAGAGGAUGACCUGAAGUCGCCCCGUGCCACGGAAUUCCACAUGACUCCACUAAAGCCAAGGAUAGCAGACGAGGAUCCAUUCGGCUUGACAUCGCCGACAAGAGCAGACUUCAAUCCGUUCGACAGGCCCAGCAUAGCGGCUAUCAAGGACUCUGAAGCUGAGGAUCGACGGCCGUCAUUCCAAGCCAUCCUACCGCCUGCACAUCAGACUUUCAACGGCUUUGCAUCGCUGGACGGUACGGCGCAAACGAACCCCAUGUUUCAGGCCCCCAGUUUGCUUUCCAAGUCCUUCCCAAAACUCAGCCAAGACGCCGGACCACGCAUCGACAGCCUUAGCAAUUCACCCGAAAAACAAGCCUUGACCCCUAUCGACCCGGCUGAACCUGUUCCUGUAGCGUUCCCCAAGGCACCGGAUACGCCCCGAUCGCCUAGCCAAACCUUCCUUUCAACUCCCGCCAAGGCCAUUCGCACUAGGUUCUCAUCACCGAACAUGCGCGAACAACGAAAGUUGCACAAGCUACAGACGGAGAUUCAGUCAAAGCUGCCGAAACCUUCGGCGCCUCAACAUGCUGCUGAUGACAUCGAUGCUCUCAUGUCGCCGCGUGCAGAGGAGUUCACAAGGAAUCCCUUCCAUUUCGAACUCCAGUCCUCUGGCGACGACACGAGUCCGGUAUCUUCGAACGAGACGAUCAAAGACGGACGAAACGGCCACACCGCAUGGGAAGAACCACUACCCCGGCAAUGGACGCCUGAAAAGGCCACCGUUGACCCCCGGAGUCCUGUCCAAACUGGCAGUAACCCCAUUGUUCGCAAUAUCUGGGACGUACUGUGA